UCCCUCCACCCUCGUGAUCAUUCUCUCGUUCGAGCUCGCCUUCCUAGCCGCGCGUGGGAUUCGAUCUUUCUGUCGCUUUGGAUCGACUGGGGUCUCAAGCCGCGGAGGUUCGGCGGAAGUGAAGGAUUGUUGUGGUUAAAGAUUCAGAGCAGUAUGCGGUGGCUGAGUCUCUCGGUUGAUGUCUACCGGAAAGUGAUCUCCUUGAACUUGUAUUGCAGAGUUAUUCUGUAACUCAUUUCCUCCUCAUGCGUUCCCUCUUAGAGCCAGCAGAAACCCUAAAGAUUGCCACUUGGCUUAUAUUUCUCCCUCGUCUUGCCUCUGCGAUCCAUCUUACUGGUCCUUUUUGAGUAUCAUUUGGCUUCUUUUCCUCUUUUCAUUUGGUUGCAUUCUGUUGGGUUCUCGGUGGACUGGUCUGGUUUCAGAGGAAAGAACAGUAGUAAUGGUGUGCCAGGCAGCGACGAGAACGAGAUUCCGAGCUUUGAAACACGAGAAUGGGAUCGCCGGUAGCACCACCAUAAUUGUUAGGGUCAUUGCUUGCUUCCGACCAUUGCAGGAUUGCCAGGCUGAGUAUUUCCGCCAUCUCCUAAAGCCGGUCACGUAAAUUAGCUUCCCUUUAGCAGUUCAUCUUCGAUAAGGCUGGCACUUUUGCUCUCCUUUUUUCAUAGAUCCUGAAGUGAAAACAAUUUUUUAUACUUACUAAUUGCCUGAGGUCAUCAAUUUGGGCUUUGUUUUGAUGGAGAAGGAUAUGAAUCCUCGGACUGGCAUGCAACAUUCACCUUGGCAAUUUAGUAACAUGAACCCUGCUAGUAAUAUACAACAGUUUGAUAUCGGGUAUCAGAACACCAAUUCAAUGCUGUCUCCUGCCUAUGUUCCGCAUGGUUGUGUCUUCUCAGUCAAUACUCCAACACCCUUCCCUGGUAUCAACACGGACAACCCCUUCCAACAGACAUCAUCUUUGAUCCCUCCUCUGUUCCCAUCUUGUAGGCAUCCAGAAUUUGAUGGAUCAAAGAAGAGAUGCGUGGUCUUUGAUCAAAUUGGCUAUGGAAGGAGCUUCUUCUGUAGCUCAUCAGAUAUCCCUUUUCCAUGCUUUAAUUCCAUGAACCCAGGUUUCAGUCUGCAGGGCAGCACUGAAACCAAUGUUUCUAGCAGGAACGAAGGUGAAGAGAUGCAUGAAGAUACGGAGGAAAUCAAUGCACUGUUGUACUCAGAUUCUGAUGAUGAAGAGGCCAGCACAGGACACUCUCCGGUUGGGGCAUUAGAGAUGGGUUCAUCCGAGGUCGCAAGCUCCAUGCUUCCAGUGAAGAGGAGGAGAGUUGAUGUAGAAUUUGAUGCAUCACUUGUAGAUACUGCAAGCUCACAAGUUUUUCACUGCCCCAACGAACCUAUGAGGUAUAGGAAUAAAGAUGAAGAUGAUGAUACUGAAUCAAGCUUUGUGAAAGGAGGCGAUCACGAUCAGAAUGCUGAUGACAGGCAACUCAAAAGAGCAAGAAUUCAAGAAACAGUUGGCAUAUUAAGAACGAUUAUUCCUGGAGGGAGGGGGAAGGAUGCUGCCUCUGUCCUUGAUGAGGCCAUCCAUUAUCUCAAAUCGCUUAAACUGAAGACCAGAUCUUUGAAUGCUACUCCUUAGUUGCUACUCCAGCAGCAUCUUUAUUAUUUGCAUCUGUAUAUAUAUUAGAAUGUGAUAUUUGCACAGUAGUAGUAGUAUCAGUAUCAGUUGGAUGGACCCUUUUCUCUAAAUGUCAUGGAAAGAGAAAGGAAGAGGCCAGUGGGUUCUAUCCACACAGCUCCAAUGAUUGAAGGUGUGAAUCAGUACCCUAAAAGUCACAGCUUUAGAGUUUUGGGCUUUAAUGGUGGAGGAAGGGGGAUAUGAUGGUUCAAUAAAGCAUAGCUAUCCUUUAGUGUCUAUGAGUUUGUGUGAGGAGCGAGGAUUCCAAAUCGAUGCAAAGAGGGUCUGUGAGCAACUUAUUUUGACUGAGAAGGAAUGAUGGGCACCACGAGGAGUGCUGCGUGUGUGUGAUCAAUCGAUACAAGCAGGCUUGCACAAGGCUGGUAUGUUGGGUGGUGAUUGCCACUUUUAUCUUGCUUUGUUGGUCUCUUUAGACAGUAGGAUGACAGUGCAGAGGAAAAUUGAAAUCUGGCUAUUGCGUCUUGGCUUUAAUCAUUUCCUGAAGACUUGUGGAGGAUAUAUUGCUUUGUUGACAUGGCAAGGGAGGGCAGGUUGCUUCAUGAUUAACCUUGUUUGGGGCCAUGCUGAAAUAUAUUGAGGAAGGGGCAUUUGGGUGCAUGAUGAGUGGAUAAGGCUGUGGUCCAUUGAUAGUUCUCUUUUGGCAAAGUGGGAGUCACUGUCCUCUUGAAAGGUGUGGUUCAGAUUUGGUAUGGUUGUUGGACAACAAAGCUGCAAAGUGCUGCUUGUUCAAUUUGACUCUGUGACAAUGAUCUAAGAACAACUCUACUUGCUGCUGCCCUCCGAUUUUUCUUUGCUGUUGGUGUCAACCAUGAGCCUCGACAUUGUGUACCAUGAGCCUUUGUAUUGGGAGUGCAGGAAAGGAUGCUAUUGUUUGUGGUCAUUGUUUCUGGAUUCGAGGUUCUGUAAUCAUGAGUUUGAUGCAUAGGAACAGUCUGUUGGCAUCUCCUGGAUGUAACAAACUUAUCGGCGGCCUGUGAUUGUGUCGAAGAUGUUGUUGACGGUUUGUGAUUGUAUUGGACGUGUUGUUGAAAAGACUAUGUUUGGGUUUGAUAUUGUAAUGUAUUUCUUGUUUGCUCUUGUUGAACGGCUGAAGGUUUUGUUGUA